AAAGAAUCUCCCACUCCGCCGUCCGCCGCGCCGCUCCGGCCACCCGCCGUACGCACGACUCGCUAGGAUCGAAGAUGUUCGUGGAGGGGUUCAGGGUGGAGAGCCCGCGGGUGCGGUACGGCGACGGGGAGAUCGAGUCGGAGUACCGGUACGACACGACGGAGGUGGUGGCGCCGCCGGCGGCGGACGGGAAGGCGAGGACGGGGUGGGUCGUCCGCCCCAAGUCCGUCACCUACCACUUCAAGACCUCCACCAACGUCCCCAAGCUCGGGGUGAUGCUGGUUGGAUGGGGAGGCAACAACGGCACCACGCUCACGGCCGGGGUUAUCGCCAACAGAGAGGGAGUUUCCUGGGCAACCAAGGAGAAGGUGCACAAGGCCAACUAUUUCGGCUCCCUGACCCAGGCCUCCACCAUCAGGGUUGGGAGCUACAAUGGGGAGGAGAUCUAUGCACCCUUCAAGAGCCUUGUACCCAUGGUGAACCCGAACGACAUCGUGUUCGGAGGGUGGGACAUCAGCGGCAUGAACCUGGCCGACGCCAUGGCUAGGGCUCGGGUGCUGGACAUUGACCUGCAGAAGCAGCUCCGGCACCACAUGGCGUCCAUGGUGCCCCUCCCCGGCAUCUACAACCCUGACUUCAUCGCCGCCAACCAGGGCUCCCGUGCCGACAAUGUCAUCAAGGGCUCCAAGAAGGAGCAGGUCGAACAGAUCAAGAAGGACAUCAGGGAGUUCAAGGAGAAGAACAAGGUGGACAAGGUGGUGGUGCUGUGGACGGCCAACACGGAGCGGUACAGCAACGUUGUCGCCGGGAUGAACGACACCGUGGACAACCUGCUGGCGUCGGUGGACAAGGACGAGCCGGAGAUCUCGCCGUCGACGCUCUACGCCAUCGCCUGCGUCACGGAGGGCGUCCCGUUCAUCAACGGCAGCCCCCAGAACACCUUCGUGCCCGGGCUGAUCGAGCUCGCCAUCAAGAAGAACUCGGUGAUCGGCGGCGACGACUUCAAGAGCGGGCAGACCAAGAUGAAGUCCGUGCUCGUCGACUUCCUCGUCGGCGCCGGCAUCAAGCCGACGUCGAUCGCGAGCUACAACCACCUGGGCAACAACGACGGCAUGAAUCUGUCGGCGCCGCAGACGUUCCGAUCCAAGGAGAUCUCCAAGAGCGGCGUCGUCGACGACAUGGUCGGCAGCAACGCCAUCCUCUACGAGCCCGGCGAGCACCCCGACCACGUCAUCGUCAUCAAGUAUAUUCCGUAUGUUGGGGACAGCAAGAGGGCCAUGGACGAGUACACCUCGGAGAUCUUCAUGGGAGGGAAAAACACCAUCGUGUUGCACAACACCUGCGAGGACUCGCUCCUCGCCGCGCCGAUCAUCCUCGAUCUCGUGCUCCUCGGCGAGCUCAGCACCAGGAUCCAUCUCAAAGCUGAAGGCCAGGACAAGUACCAUUCUUUCCAUCCGGUUGCUACCAUCCUGAGCUACCUCAGCAAGGCUCCUCUUGUUCCACCAGGAACACCAGUGGUGAAUGCACUGGCCAAGCAGAGGGCCAUGCUGGAGAACAUCCUGAGGGCCUGUGUUGGCCUGGCCCCUGAGAACAACAUGAUGCUUGAGUACAAAUGAUAAGCCUUGACAGGUCCUCAUCAGGAUGGAGAGAGGCAAGGAGAUGAUGAAGAGCAAGUGGAGGAAGGUGACAAUUUUCUUCAACAAAAAAAAAGAACAAAAAGAGUGAGGAACACCUGAAGAAAUAACAAGAGGCCAAGCAAAUGAUGAAGUGAGAUUCAUUCAGGCAAAUGGGUGUCAGUGACUUGGAUCCUCUUAAUUGGGGGCACCUGUUGACACUCUGCUCCCUGAUUUUUUCUAUUUCUUUGUUUGGUCCUUUUGAUGAGACGAUGAAGACUUUUUUUUUUUGGCUCUGCUGGUAGUAUGCUGUGUGCUGCAUGGAGCCUUGAUUAAUUUUGUGUAUGAUGAUAGAUGGGAAGCAAGGAACUAGUCCUCUUCUAUGCUUAUAGUACAAGUUGUCAGUGUUACUGUUCAGCCUUAUAUC